AAUCUUACAAGGGGAAAAAAAUAAGACUAUUUAGAAAUACCACUUACAGUCUUAAUAAUCAUAUCAUUUCGUUUGUUUGCUUGCUUUAUUAUGUGCCUUUAUAACUAUGAUGUUGAUGCUGUGUUUCAGGCAUUCUUUUUAUGAGAGUAUAAUUAUGCAGAGUUGACAUACUUUGUCUCAACAACGGAAGGUCUGCGAAAGUUAAAACGCGAAGAUGGCUGCCGUUGUAAGAGUCAAGCGAAGAAUAGAUGAGGAUCCCGCUGAAGCUUUGAUUAUUUCGUGUAAAAGACUAAAGGAGGAUGCUCGACUAGAAGCCAGCAAUUCCAGUGAAAUAAUACGAUUGAGUUACGCUGGAACUUUGGCUUCAAAGGAUGCUUCUGUUUCAACACACAUUCGUGACAGCUUGCGUAAGCAGACACUCCAAGCUCAGUACAAGCAGCAUUCAGUUGAUGUUGCAGGAUCAGCUCGAGCAAAAAGCAGAGCAGCAGCCAAAGCUAGCAGAUACAAAAUUGUGUGUAGCAAGAGAGCUGUGGACUUGGACUGUUUAGACAUUUCUUCUGGUAAUAAGCCCAACAGCCAGAAAGUGCUGGCAUCUGGCAGCCAGUCAGAAGAAGAGAAUGUAAAAAAGACAGUUCAUCCUGAAAGUCAUUCCUUGGAGGAAGUUUCAGGGUCAGAGGAUGCUGUGGUUUCUUGUGUUGUUAAUGAUCAUCAGAGUUCAGGUUUUGUGGAGGACCUGCCAGAAACAGCAGGCAAUAGGACAGACAAGGAAGUAUUUAUGUAUGAUGUUGAAGAAGAUGGUCAGCCAGAAUUGACUUCUACAAACCAGGUGGCCACUGGUAGUAGCGGGAUUACAUGUAAUGGUUUGGAGCUGAUCAGCAGGCGAGGUAACACACUAGCACAUGCCUCCCGACAACCCUUUGUCUAUGACUUGUAUUUCUCCGAGUUAGAAAUGCAAGACUUCAGAUCACUUGAGGAAAUUUUGUACAUAGAGGCCAUGCAUGAUGAUCUGGCAAUGCAAGCUGAUAGAGAAGAAGUAUGUGAAGAGGUGUAUGAUGACGAAGAUGACAGCAAUGAUGAAAGUAACUGGAGAAAUGACUAUCCUGAUGAAGAUCCUCAUUUCUUAGAAAAUAAUGUGGCCUACGUUCAUAACAAUGACAUGGAGCUUCUGGAAUAUGACUCCUAUCACUAUGGAGAUGAGGAUUCUCUCAAUGAAUGGAUGACAAGUCGGUGUGCCAUUGGGGAAGAUGGCAUUUCUAGUGAUGAUGAGGAUCCAUUACACAGUACAGGUCAGCGGCACACUUCCUACAGACAAUAUAUGCGUCAGGUGCAUCAGGAGAUGACCAGCAAUGGCAGUGACAUUAGCAGUUCAGAGGAUUAACAUUCUGUAUUUUGUGGGCCCGUUGUGAGGGCCAUUAUAAAUCAUCUUCUGUAAAACCUUCGAAAGUCGUCACAUACAAGCAUACAAGCAUUCAAUAUUGCCUUGCAUGUAUCUGGUUCUAGCACCUAGUACUAUAGCACAUAAGGACUCAAAACAAACUUCAUCUACAGCACCAGAAUCAUUAUGCAGGUAGAGAAAAAUGAACUUCCCUGUUGCUGGUGACUACAUGAUUAGUUUGUGAUGAUACAUAGUGAUUUUAGUGAUUAGAAUGUGCUGAGCUUUGUUGCUGGAGAGACCAUCUUCAUAUUUUAAUAGCCCUGUUUACAGACUGUGGUCCCCAGCUAGGAAAAUUCUUAGCAUUGCUAUGAUUUUAUGAAAUCUCCCACCCCCCAAAACAAAUUGCUAAUUUUUAGAUUAUUUUUAUACAUAUCCGUAUUUGGAAGUUCCUUGAUAACAAUAAUUUUAUGUCAUUGUGUAUAUCUACAGGCAUGCACAUGUAUAUAUAAAUAUAUUCAUUCUGUAGCAUAUACUGACUAACGAUGAGUCAUUAGAAAUUGCAUUUAAAACAUGUGCUUGCAAGAAACAUUUCUUUUACAUUAAAUAAUUGCAAAUUUUGAAGAGCAGGUUUAAAGGAAGCUCAUUAUGAAUCUUGUAUUUGUGUUGUCUGAAUGUGUAAAAUAGAGAACAUCAGCAGUUUGUCGAAUAGGUUUUCAUCAGUGUUGUACAUGUUGCCUGUACACAUGACCUGAUUGUAUUGUAUUAUUUAGGGCCUGUAUUAUCUUUUAAAACCUCCAUAAAUCUCUCCAUGCUAUAAAAAGUAGGCAUCUACCAGAAGCACAACAAUAUCACAAUGAACAUUAAUUAGCUGCAAUAGGAAUAGGAAUGUGGAAAGGAAAAUUCACUUGAAAAGUGAUUUGGUGUAUUCCAAGUUUAAUUUUGGAAACAUUUUAACAACUCUCAAAAAUGUGCAUUUAAAUAUAUCACAAGUGUACACACAUAUUUUAUAUGCUGUAUAAUUUCCAGCAACUUAAUAUGCAUGACAUUCAUUCAGAAAAUCUGAGAUCAAAAAGAAUCCUAAAAGUUUGAUGUUGGAAGUAAUUCUGGGUGUGGCUGGUUCAUAUGAAAAAAAUUACUGCAGACCUCAUAGAUUUCUCACUGAAGAUUAGAGCAAUGAAACAGCCAUGUGCUAUGUCAAAUAGGACCUGAUGCUUGCAAAAUGCUCUCUAAUGCAACUGAAGAUACAAUCCUGGUUCACACUCAGUUCUGCACCAUAAGUAUAGUUGGUGAAACGAUUACCAUACAAAUAAAAGUUAAGUUUUUCGAAAUA